AUGGUGUCUGCCAUAGUAAACAAUGAUGUCGAUUGGCAAAAUUGUCAGGCAUAUUCGUUCUAUACAAAGCCGCUGGAGAAACCUGCAAACGAUGACCGUGAAUAUCGUCUAAUUAGACUGUUGAAUCAGUUGGAAGUUCUGAUCAUUAGUGACCCACAGACUGAUCGUGCAAGUGCUGCUUUGGAUGUGCAUGUCGGCAGUUUGAGUGAUCCGGAAAACUUGCAAGGUUUAGCUCAUUUUUGCGAGCAUCUGUUAUUUAUGGGCACCAAGAAAUAUCCCAAAGAGAAUGAUUACUACAGCUAUCUCUCAGAGCAUUCAGGUCAUGCGAAUGCUUUUACUGGCACAGAAAACACAAAUUACUUUUUUGAAGUGGGACAUCAAUGGCUGGAAGGAGCAUUGGAUCGUUUUUCACACUUUUUCAUUGAUCCCCUCUUCUCCGAAAGUUGCACAGACAGAGAACUGAGAGCUGUUGAUUCAGAACACAAAAAGAAUCUGCAGUCAGACUGCUGGCGCAUUGCUCAGGUAGAAAAGUGUCUCAGUAAUCCAAAUCAUCCAUGGCAUCUGUUUGAAACCGGUAAUCUGGAGACAUUGAUGGAGAAUCCCAAAAAGUUGGGCCUUGAUAUUCGUCAGGAGCUGCUCAAAUUUCAUGAUACUUACUACUCUGCAAACAUCAUGAAGCUGACCGUUAUUGGCAAAGAAUCACUGGAUCAGUUGACUGAAUGGGUUGUUGAAAAGUUCUCUAGCGUCACUAACAAAAAUAUACCAGUGCCCUCUUUCCCUGGACAUCCAUUGACCAAGAAUGAAAUCAUGAAGCAAAUCUUUGUAAAGUCGGUCAAGAAGAAUCGCACAUUGGAUGUGACCUUUCCGUUCCCAGAUCAAAUUCCAUACUAUCAGAGCCAGCCUGCAAACUACAUUUCUCAUUUGACAGGUCAUGAAGGCCCUGGAUCCAUUCUGUCGUCUCUCAAAAAAAAGAACUGGGCUACCUAUUUAAGCUCGGGCAUGUGUUUCAAUGGCACUGGAUUUGGAUUUUUCCACAUCAGUGUUGAUUUGACGGAACAAGGUUUGGCUCAUUAUGAGGAUGUCGUGGUUGCUAUUUUUGAAUACAUCGAGAUGAUCAAGGAGAAUGGGGUAAAGAAGUGGAUAUUUGAUGAAAUCAAGACAUUGGCAGAGAUGGAAUUCAAGUUUUCUGAGAAAUGUCCUCCUUCUCAAUACACUUCAGUCCUGGCGCAACAAAUGCAAGAAAACUUACCACCUCAAUGGACCAUCAGUGGAAGCGCGUUGCUGAGAAAAUACGAUCCUGUCUUGGUAAACCAGCAUUUGGCUCUUUUGAACACUGACAAUUUUCGUCUGACGUUGGCCUGUCAAGAAUUCCCCAAUGGUGUGCAGCCUACCAAGGUGGAGAAGUGGUAUUCAACAGAUUACGAAGUAUUGCCCAUCAGUCAAGAGCUGACAGAUAGAUUGGCACAUUUAUCAAUGAAUGAUGAUUUUUCUUUGCCUGCCAUUAAUGAAUUCAUCCCUUCGAAUCUGGAUGUGCAUAUUACUGAGGUACCAACCAAGAAGAGCCAGCCUGAAUUGAUUCAAGAUACAACUAUUACUCGCAUUUGGUACAAGAAGGAUGACACUUUCUGGGUUCCCAAGACAAAUAUGUGGAUAUUCUUUAAGAAUCCUUUGUUUUAUGCUACUCCUCGUAACUCUGUCAUUUUAGAAUUGUAUAUAAACCUAUUGACUGAUUCACUGUCGGAAUACUCUUAUGACGCCGAAGUUGCUGGCUUGAUCUACUAUCUCAACCAAGAGCCAAAGGGCAUCACUCUUCAUGUCGGUGGUUACAGCGACAAAUUACCGUUAUUGCUGGAAAAAGUCAUUGACAAGAUGAAAAAUCUCCAGAUCGAAAGCGACAGAUUCGACAUUUUCAAGGACGAACUUACUCGUAGCUACGAAAAUUUCUUUUUGGAAGCACCCUAUCAACACUCUGCUUACUACAUGACCUACGCACUCUGUGAAAAGCGCUGGACAUGUGAUGAUUUCUUGGCUGAAAUCAAGGAUAUUCAUAUGGAGGAUGUGCAAGGUUUUAUUCCUACCAUCUUUUCCAACUUGCACAUUGAAAGUUUGGUCCAUGGCACAUUGGAACAAGAUCGGGUCGUCGGUAUUUUUGAUCGCAUGUUGAAGGUGUUGCAGCCUCGCCCAUUAAUGCCUAGCCAGUUCAUUGGAGAACGAUCUAUUCUUUUGCCUACAGGCACCAAGUUUGUGUAUGCUUUACCUGUGCGAGACAAGGAUGAUUUGAAUUCGGCCAUCAAUUACAAUAGUCAAAUAUGUGAUGUAAAAGACAUUCCGCUUCGAAACCGCCUCAGCAUGAUAGCUCAAAUUGCACAGGAGCCUUGUUUCAAUCAGCUUCGUACAAGAGAACAAUUGGGUUACUUAGUAUUCAGUGGUAUUCGCCGUCAGUUGAGUCAAUUGGCCUUCCGCUUGAUCAUCCAAAGCGAACGUGAUCCCACGUAUCUUGAAAACCGAGUGCUUGAAUUCUUGGAGUCACUCAGAGACAUCAUUGCAGACAUGAGUGAAAAGGACUAUCAAUCUCAAGUGGAGUCUUUGACCGCCGAGAAGUUGGAAAAGCACAAGAAUCUAUGGGAGGAGGGAAACAAGUACUGGGCAGACAUAGAAUCUGGAUAUUACGAAUUUGAUGAAAUCCGAACAGAUGUUGAGGAAUUGAAGACGAUUACUAAAGAGUCCCUGAUUGAAUUCUACGACAAAUUCAUUCUACCGAGCUCAUCUCAAGCAAGCACCAUCUCUGUACAUCUUCAAUCACAGAAACCACCAGCAAUUGAAAAAGAAAGAGAGGACAAUAUUACGGUAGAUCAGCUAUACCCUGUCCUGGCCUAUCUUGGUUUGAUCAACAAAAAAGAGGAAUCUGAGGAAGACUUGAAGAGCAAAGUCAAGGACAAGUCCAUUCAGACAGAGUCUGGUCUGGUUGAAUUUCUCAAGGAUUCCAUUCACUUGAACCAAGACGACAUUGAUCAAGUCCUGUUGAAGUUGAACCAAGGUCCCAGUGGUUUGUCCAAGCGAGAUCAUGCCAAUUUACCCAAAGAUUGCAUUGUUAUUCAAGAUUUGAAUAACUUCAAACGAAGCAUGGCGUUGUCUGUUGCUGCUGUGCCAUUCUAUCCCUUUGCUAAUGUAUAA